GAAAAAAUAUCUACAUAGCUUUCGGCAUAAACGCAACACAUAUCGCAGUGGUGGUUCUCUUGAGUGUUGAUUAGAUUAGAUAAGAUGAGUCGAUGAGUCGGUGGUAUGGAUCGAAUUCAUUUUCUGUUACCCACAAGCGCAAAAGCGCACGUAUUUAUAUAAACUUAACUCAUUUCGGUUAGUCUGGCCGCAACCAAAAUGAAAAUUAGCAGAAGUAAAUACAUUAUUUUGGCUUGUUUUAUGGUUAUAAUACCAAAAGGACACUUGAUAGAUGGCUCUGACGCAAACACUACGCUCUCUACAGAUGCGCCACAGAUUAAUGUGACGAAAACUCAGAUAUGCACGAAAUGUACUUGCGAUGUGGAUAACAGUCUAAUUGAUUGCACCGCAAAACUAAAAGGCUGGUUUUCCGAAGCAGAAUGGAAACUUCUUCAAAAUGGUGGAGUUAUCUUCGAGACGAUGAAGCUUGAACACAAUAACCUGACUAAUAUUCCUAAAUUGCCAACGUACGGUGUUAAAAAUUUAUACCUAGGUUUCAACGAAAUUGAAACCAUUGAGACGGGUGCUUUUCAAAAUUUAACUCAGCUCACAAUACUUGAUCUGUCCCAUAACAAGAUAACGUCGAAAAGCUUGGUGCCGGAUGUGUUUAAAGGAUCGUACUCACCCUCAGAUUAUGAACCGUUGGCUAAUUUAAAAUCACUUAACUUGGGAUACAACGAUUUGCAUACUCUCAAUGAUGAUUUGUUCGAGCAUGCCCCGUUCAUUGAGGAAUUAGUUUUAUGUUCAAAUACGUUUCAAACGAUUGACAAAUUAACAGAGACCGCACUUUCCGGAUUAGCACAUUUGAAGACUUUAGAUAUAUCGUACAUGGAAAUUAAUAGCUUGCCCGAUACCUUACUGCAUGGCCCUCGAGAUCUUGAAACUCUAAUAGCAGUGGGAAAUUUGUUUACCGAAUUGCCAAAAACCCUCUCUUCGGCUGUGAACUUGAAAAGCCUGACACUGGAUGAGAAUCCUAUUCAGAACCUAGAGAAUAAAAACGUUUUUCCUGAGCUGAAAUAUUUAAAGUAUCUUAGUCUCUCUUAUAUGCCGGAACUGUAUAAAAUCGGAAAAGGAGCUCUGAGUUCACUACAAAAUUUGACUGAAUUAAUUCUAAGUGAUAAUGGUAGGUUGGCAGAAAUUGACAGUCUGGCAUUGGCAAAUGAUGUAAAAAAUGGAAACUUUUAUGAAUAUCCUCCUCUAGAAAAGGUAUAUUUAAACAGCUGCAACUUAACCAGCCUGCCAAGGAGUUUACUUGUUCGUUGGGAUAAGCUUGAUGUAAUAGACUUGCGUUUUAAUCCCUGGAAUUGUGAUUUCUCCAAUAACUGGAUGUCGACCAUACUGUUACCACAGAUCAAUAAAACGAACCCAAUUUUAGCGAAUAAUGUGGAAUGUCGCUCCCCAAAGGAACUCAUUGGCGUUCCCGUAAUACGAGCAAACAGUAUAGACAAUUCAUCGCAUGGUGCUCUUUUCUGGCUGGUGAUUUUAGUCAUUACUGCAAUACCAACGGCCUAUUUAGGAUUCAUAAUAUAUAGACGUGGCUGUUUUGGCUACCGAACACGUGGAGAUACAUCCCACCGAGCUUUAUAUGACCGCGCUAGUUUCACUGACGACUUUCAUAUUUAAUUGUAUUUCUAAAUCAACCAAUUACGUACUUUUAAACACAAUAUAUUAUUUUUAUACUUGAAAUAUGAGUUGAUUGUUACAAACUAAACAUUCCAAGCCAAUACGUUUUCAAUCUGCAUUCACAUGUAAAAUAUAAAACCCAACACACAACC